CGUUUCUUCAUUUCAAAGUCGCAUUGAUUUUGAAUUGAUAGAAAAUAUAUCUUUACGUUGCCCUCUGUCGGUUAAACGCCGAACAUCUUCCGGAUAUGGACUGCAUCAUGACCCUGGAAGUUCUUUCAUUUUAGCUGAAUAACGAAAAUGGGCAUGUUACUCCCGACCCCCGUAUCAUGAACCACAUCCCCGUUAAACAGGACCAUUCUUCUAGGACGGGGACAGCUUUGCGACACGGGACCGCAACAGAGCUCCUCCGAUGUCUGGUUCCCUGAGCCGUUUUGGAGAGUAGACGGAGACCCGAGUGGCGCUUUUGCAGGAGUGGACCGGUCCGCUAGCGACAGGGGCUCCAGCGUCCCUCGCCUUCAGCUCCCCCUGCGAUGACAUCACAGCAGCCUCCCCUCCCCAACGCCAACGCCAACGUCAGCGCUGCCCCCAUCGCCCCGCACAGCUCCAACGCCCCCAACCUCCACCACGCCCUCCCCCUGGACUCCAGCCCCGCCCCCCAGCCCCUCCCUCAGCGGCCGCCGACGGACAGACGCACGGGCUCCGACAGACUCGCCCCCCCCGCCCCCUCCUGCUCGCACACUGGUUCCGCCUCUUCGCGGCGGCCGGCGGCUGGCACCUUGGAGCCGUGGCCGGAGGAGGCUGCGGACGGCUCCUACGGGCUGUACUCGCUGCACCGCAUGUUCGACAUCGUGGGCGCGCAGCUCACGCACCGCGACGUGCGCGUGCUGAGCUUCCUGUUCGUGGACGUCAUCGACGAGUACGAGCGCGGCGGCAUCCGCAGCGGGCGGGACUUCCUGUUGGCCCUGGAGCGCCAGGGCCGCUGCGACGAGACCAACUUCCGGCACGUUCUGCAGCUGCUGCGGAUCAUCACACGGCACGACCUGCUGCCGUACGUCACGCUACGCAAGAGGCAGGCCGUGUGUCCGGACCCGGUGGAUAAGUACCUGGAGGAGACCUCUGUGCGUUACGUCUCCCCUCGGGGCGCCGCCCAGGGACUGGGCCAUAUGCCGCACAGAAGUACAGGAACUCAGCCCGUGAUUUGCUGCUCCCCGUCGGGGCGACAGGUGGGCACGCCCCAGACCAAGCCAGCCCCGCCCACUUCUAGCCGCAAGAGGAAGAGGAGCCACUCUACGGCCGAGUGCCGAGAGAAGCAGACCUGUGAUAUCCGCCUGCGGGUACGCGCCGAGUACUGCCAGCACGAGUCUGCGCUGCAGGGCAACGUGUUCUCCAACAAGCAGGAGGCGCUGGAGCGGCAGUUCGAGCGCUUCAACCAGGCCAACACCAUCCUGAAGUCCCGCGACCUCGGCUCCAUCAUCUGUGACAUCAAGUUCUCGGAGCUCACCUACCUGGACGCCUUCUGGCGGGACUACAUCAACGGCUCUCUGCUGGAGGCGCUGAAGGGCGUGUUCAUCACGGACUCCCUCAAGCAGGCGGUGGGCCACGAGGCCAUCAAGCUGCUGGUGAACGUGGACGAGGAGGACUACCAGGCCGGCCGCCGCAAGCUGCUGAGGAACCUGGUGGCCGGGGCGGGCGGGGCCGGGAAGGAGCCCUAGGCUGGAGGAUGCUCGUCGCGGGACGCAGUAGUUUGGGUCGGGGUGUGGGUGAGCGGGGGGGACCUCUGCGAGUGCCCGCCCCCUGACCCACCCGGGGGGGCUCCAGACGUUGGGCGGUGGAGCUCGAUGACGGGGGCUAGGGAGGAGAGCGAGGGACUCCUUAUGGACGGCGCUGUUGUGUUUCCGCUGAGGUCAAAGGUCGAGCAGAGAACGCCACACAGGACGACAAUGCCACUCGGGCGAACAGCGCAUCCAGGUUGACAUCGUUCCGUUACCGCGGCAACCAGGACGGCCGAUAUAGAAACUUCGGUGUUGGGAUACAAAUGAAGGAAAAGAAAGCAAGUGUACGCUCCGUAUUUAUCACUGAGAACGACGGCCCACCGGCGGCCCUUGCAUACGGCGGCCGUCAGUGUCUACAAGUCACGUCUGGAGUAGUAGUACCUUCUUGUAAAUACUACUGCCAUCUUUUGUGGAUCCUCUUCUUUGCGUUGUUGUAUGAAGUGCAGUCAGGUUUGAUUGGAGGUUUAAUGUCUAGUCUGGAAUGGAGUAGGCACUGCUUACCCGCUUAUUCACAUUGUUCUAUUCCUGCCAAACGUGGAGCCGACUAGCACCACAUUUUGUACUUGUUUUUUCUUUCCCGUCUGUGUAGAACUCAUUAACUUUUAGCUGAUUUUAUGGUUAGCUAAUUUUUCGACGUCAUCUGACCUAACUACUUGGUAUCUCCUCCUCCCCAUUCCCCCCCAAAUAAUGUGCUCACAAGUGGCCAAAAUGUCAAGUGUGUGUGUGUGUGUGUGUGUGUGUGUGUGUGUGUGUGUGUGUGUGUGUGUGUGUGUGUGUGUGUGUGUGUGUGUGUCACUCAAUGAGACAUAACAGAUACAUCGAAGGAAUUCUUGCAUUGAGGAUUGAAAAAAGCAUGGAGCUUCACUAUCAGUUUGUAUUUCAUAGGCUUGCUUUGGACAACAGAUUGAUCACCUUAAAUUGUAAUAUAACUCAAGCACGUAGCUACAUUUUAUUUUCAAUCACAGAAAUGCUGCCAACAAACUACUAUCUUGAUCCAUCAGAUGUAAGCUUUUCUCUCUUUCGAUUUAAAUAUUUGUCCCCAUUUAAAUCUCGAUUCGGAAAUCCUGAAAUUUGGACGCUAACAGAUGUUUUUUGUAAUACAGAACAACGUACAAUAGUAAACCCCGGGUCCACCGGGGGCUCAUAGUCCCAGUCUGACCAAACAGAUCUGUCCUUUAUACCACAUUUACAAAUGUUUAAGCUCGCCUCGAUGCUAAUGUACCAAAACAAAGAUUUAUUUUAAUAUUUUAGGAAGUGGAUUUUCAUUUAAUGCAAUGACAGUAUUAGGGGGGUGUUCUGGUUUGGUAUGUGUGCAGAAUAAAACCAUGUUGAUCACCA